UGGGUGGGAGAGGAGAUAGGGGUGCAAGACACCUAGGUUGGAGUGCUGGGUGCAAGCUCAGUCCUUGUGCCAGAGGAGCAGGGUGAGUUCAAGUUAAACAGAGAGGGGUGCUGAGUGGGAGCCCUGAGCCUGAGACAAACCUUCAGGACAGCCAAGCAGAGGUAUCUGGUGGCAGCAGCUUAGACUCUGUACCUAAGAUGAUGUGAGCAAGACUCUGAGAGCAACUGAUGGGGUGCAGGAGUUAGCACCCCCUUAAAUCCUUUAGGUGGAAACACAGUCCCUAAGAUCAUCUUGGUGAUGGUGGGGCAGUAAGACAUCAGAAUAAUACCAAGAGUGGGAGCUGGGACACUGAGAUCCCUGUGAGUGCUAUUUGGCACCCCAAGCUCUUUCUGGCUGGAUCCCAGACAACUAUAUGAACAGGACUGAAACAAAGAAGCGCCUGCGGGUGGAAAUCAAGAGCCAAAUAUAUUUGUGGGUGGGAAUCAGGCCCAAUGCUUCUCUGAGUGACAGCAGAGACCCCAAGAGCUCCCGCACCCUAUGUCUGCCAGAAGAGGUUCCCAUCAUGACUAAGUGUAUAGUGAAAGAGUGCAAGAAUACUACCCAGAAGAACAGCGGAGUUACCCUGCAUGGCUUCCCCAAUUCCCUCAAUGCCAUUAAAGUGUGGCUCAUACAGACGGGCAAUGACUUUGGGGACCUGGAUGCUUUUGCCCAGCGAGUGUUAGAGUCUCGGAGCAGGUGGCUCUACAGAAUGUGCUCCAAACAUUUCUCACCUCAAAGUUACAUCUGGAGCGGCAAGAAACUGGUUCUGAAGCCGGACGCUGUCCCCACAAUUUUUCCAGGGAAAGUCAAGAAUAGGUACGUCACGGAGAACCUAAGAAGCCUUCCACCAUCCAAGAGAGCCCAGGUGGAAAUGCAGUUUCAGCUCCACUCUAUCAUUAAGCAACAUGGCGGCUACCACCCAACUUCUUUAUAUGUUCCCCCAAGUCUGGAUCCGCCACAUGUAAGCCGGGACGAGCCAGAAGUUAAACCAGCCACAAAGACCACUUCAACCACUACCACCACUACCACCAAAGUAAUGGUGGACAAGUCAACAAAUACUGACCCAAUGUUUGGGAAGGCCGACAAAGGUGUGCUGUGGCCUGAGUUUGAGUACAAUUUUGAUGGGGAAGCGUGGAAAAUAAAGCACGAUCACUUCUACCCUUAUAAUCACUCCAACUUACGAGACUCCCGCAAAAGCACCAGCGACGCAGAGACCGAGCAGGACUUUUGGUACACAAACGAUUAUGAAACGGAUAAGAACUCCCGGCACUAUCACUGUCGGUAUCCAGUGGGUGUCAGGCCGUACAUAUUCAUGGAGAGAAACUCUUUGGGUGAUGGCAAGGUUCCUAUCAAAAUCGAGGAUUUGGCAGUUUAUUUCUCAAAGCAGGAGUGGGAGUACAUAGGGCAACACUGGGAGUGUUACAAGGAUAUGUUGCCUGAAGCAGAACAGCCCUUCAGCAAAUUCCAACAGCCAAAAAGAAGUGGGACAGAUCAUUCCAGACAAGACAAGGUGUGUUCAGAAUUGAAGUUGAAUUCUCUUCCUUAUGCCCUGGACUCUCCAGAAGAGAGAGAUGCAGAAGAAAUGUUGAUUACAGAAGAUGGAUUGUAUUCAUCUGUAUCUGGCGAUGCACCCUCUCUCACAGGUGAUAUUAAAGAAGAAGCAGAAGAAGUUGCUAUUACGGACAACUGUUUGAGUGCUGCUGAGACUGCAGCAUUGGCUUAUCUCUCAGAUGAUUUAGAAGAAGAUGCAUCUGAAGAACCAGAUUUUACCAUGCCAGCUAUAGACUCCCCAAUAGAUAACAUUAAAGAAGAGAUUGAAGAAAUUACUGUAACAGAUAGUCAUCUGAACUCUUCCCAGGAUCCACAUUUGGACUCAUCAGAUGAGUUUCAUCCCAGUAGGAGCAUGUUCAACAAAUGCCUCAAACCAGCCAGUUUAGAUGAGGAGGUUGCCGGUGCUUCAUGCUGGCCUGGAGAACACAAAUCUAAUGAAUACCACCGGACCACUUAUAAAAUUAGCACAUCUACAGACUCUUUCAAUUGCCCUAAUAAGUCGGUAAUAAUAAAGAAAAGGGUGGUCGCCUCAGAUACCGACAGCCAAAGCAAAGACCGGCCGCAUAGGUGCAGAGCAUGUAACGAAUGCUUUCCUGACAAAAAUCAGCUGGCUGUCCAUCGGAGAAAGCACAUUGCCAAGUCACUGAGGUGCCCAACUUGUGGGAAAGCUUUCCGGUUCCAGUCUCAGCUUAUCAAACACCAGAAAACUCAUAAAGAGGAGAAUGUCUACACCUGCCCUAUUUGUGGAGUCCAGUAUGAACACAAAGUCCAGUUUGCGGCGCACAUGAGGGUCCACCCUGGGGACAAACCAUAUAUGUGCGACGAAUGUGGCAGUUGCUUUGUCCAAAAGGGCUCCCUUGUUUUACACCAGAAGAAACACAAAGGGUUGGAUGUUUAUAGGUGCAAACUGUGUGGGAACAGAUUCGACAAAAGAUCAAAGCUUAAAAACCAUCUAAAAUUCCACAGACUGGAAAAAACACCCAUUUUCAGUUGAUGUGAAGGAUCCUAUAAUUGUAAUUCAUUAUUUAAUGAACAGAGACUUAUCGCGCAAGAGGCCUAAGCCUAUGAAAUAGAAUCCUUUUCAUUGGCAAUUUAGGUUUUCUAGUUUCACACUCUACUUCUGUUACACUUCUGUUAAAUUCCAAGAAAAUGAUUGAUGUAAUUGUUUAUUAGCCAAUAGCACUUAGAUAAACCAGAUGCUUUCUUGGGUAUUUCAAAGAAUAACUCAGGGUACAAUGCUUUACAACACUCAUAAGCACCAUUCUGCUCCAUACAUACAAUUACAUCCAUUCAUCCCAUCCUACAUAUGGUUGCCAUUUUAUGUUUAAUAACAUGCAUUUUUACCAUUUUGCCCCAAAUGUAGUUACAUCCAGGCUUAUUGUUCUAUCCUACACAUGACUUGUAGUUUUAUCCCGCAUAUUCUUGCAGUUCUAUCCCACACAUGCUUUCCUUUCUAUGCUUUGUAACAUAGUUACACAUACACAGUUAGGUCCAUUAUUAUCAUUCUAUCCCAUAUAUUUCUGUAGUGCUUGUCACAUGCUUGUCAUACUAUACUUUGUAACACGAAUUUUUCACAACCUGUCUAGGCGUGCUCUUCUGCCUAUAACUGGCUCCUUUGAGCUUGGAUCUCAGAUACACGGAGUGCUGCUAGGACCGCACGAUAAUCCAGUACACCCACAGGCAAGAGGUGCUGUACGUAUACUCUGGGAAGGAGCCUGUAAGGAAAGAGCUGGAGGUAGUCCGAGAGGCCGGGUCAGAACCAGAUAACAGGAGCAGAAUCAUGAGGCAAACUCAAGGCCAGGAACAAGCCAUCGACAGAACCACUGACAAUGUUCCCUCUAAUUCCUUCUUGGCUCUGUGUGCAAAAACAUUCUUUUGUGCAGACAUUUUAAACUUGCAUGUGCUGUUUAAAAAAAAAAAAACGGUGUGCUCAGGUGAGAAUUUAUACAAAAUUUUGUGUUUUCAAAAAAUUUUGUGUGCACCAGAAUUUGUUGGCCUCAAAAUUUGUGUGCACAUGAACAAGGGCCUUAGAGGGAACAUUGCAUACAGGACAGAAGUAGGUAGGUAGGAAAGGACCAGCAAUAAAAGGGAACACAGCAACUAGGACCAAGCAAGCAUGACCUAUAACAGGCAGUGAGUCAGUGCAGAGCAGGGGGUUUUAUAGCCAGACUAAUGGCCAAUAUGCAGCAACAGCUAAGUUCACCAUGCAUAUCAUGGAAAUACAAGGAUACCUAUAGCCAUGACUAUACUAUAGCCAUAGUAACCUGCAGGUCGCUGAUUCAAGCCCAGUCAGGAUGGUACACGUUUCACCCCUCACGUAUACAGUUCCAUCCAUACUUGUCAUUCUGUCCCACAAUGCUUGCCGUUCCGUCAUCCUAGGGUUGCCACCUCACCCCUUUUAAACCAAACACAUAUGCAAUCCACAGCCUGCAUAGCUAAUUAGCAAUUCAUUAUGAUGCAUGGCUGCACAUAAAUCAGUUCAGUCUGCAGCAUGCAUCUGAAUGAAUUGCUAAUUAGACAUGCAGGCUGUGGAUUUCAUAUGUGUUCUGUUUUGAAGGGGUGAAGUGGCAACCCUACAACAUCCUCGCUUAUUUAUAGUGCCAGCAAUUUAUGCAUCACAAUUUAUAACAAACAGAUGUCUUAUAACAAUUUAACAAACAAGAGUUACAGCGUAAAAAUACAAUCAGAGGGCCCAGCUCACAACACUGCCCCACACACUUACAUAGUUAAAG